CUGGGUUUUCAAAGCGAGUGGGAAGUGGAAAUGCAAACGAUAAGAAAUUCAUAUCUGCAUAUAUGAAAUACUAAAAGAUGUUUAUUAUUUAUUGACUACUCGCUUGAUUCAAAUAAAAGUCAAAUAUGUGGAAAGCGGCUGCCGGUGCUCAAAUUAAUAUAAAUACACAAAACAACCAAGACGAUGAUUGGGAAACUGACCCAGACUUCAUAAACGAUGUUGAUGAACAAGCUCAACGAUGGGGGUCUACAACAGUCGAGGGAUCCGGCAGAACUGCAGGAGCGAUAAAUAUGCAACAAUUGAGAAAAGAAACCGAAGAGAUAGAUGCAUUAAAAAAAAAGAAAGCUUUAGAGGAGGACCCUAGUAACCCAUCAUUUGGUUAUGGGGGUAAAUUCGGUAUUGAAAAAGACAGAAUGGAUCAAAGUGCUGUAGGACAUGAGUAUAUUGCUAAACUGGAAAAGCAUGCAUCUCAAAAGGACUAUAGUACAGGUUUUGGAGGCAAAUAUGGUGUACAAACUGAUAGGGUGGAUAGAAGUGCUGAAAACUGGGAUUAUAAAGAAAAAAUAGAAAAACAUGCCUCUCAGAAGGAUUAUGUGACUGGUUUUGGAGGCAAAUUUGGUGUACAAACUGAUCGACAAGAUAAAUCAGCAGUUGGUUGGGAUCAUAUGGAAAGAGUGGAGAAACAUGAGUCGCAAAAAGAUUACAGCAAAGGUUUCGGAGGAAAGUAUGGGGUUCAACUAGAUCGUCAGGAUAAGUCCGCAGUCGGCUGGGAUCAUCAUGAAGCUCCCCAGAAACAUGAGAGUCAACUUGACCACAAGAAAGGGUUCGGAGGUAAAUUUGGAGUACAAACUGAUAGGGUAGAUAAAUCUGCAACCACAUACAAUGAAGAACCUGAGAAAGUCGGUACUAAUUAUACAAAAGUGAAACCUGAUAUAGGAGACGCCAAACCAUCGAAUUUAAGGGCUAAAUUUGAAUCAUUGGGAAAAAAUAGUGGUGAUAAGAUACCCUUGCCUAACCAACCAACUAUUCCCAAAAAACUGAUUCAUCCUAAAGCUGCGGCUUUUUCGAACGAUUCAAAGGUGGAUGUUACAAUAAAUAGCAACAAAGAAAAUUUGUUACCUAAACAAUUGGAUUCUUCCAAAACUGCAUUUCUUAGGAAUGACAAUGAUAAUCAAGAAAAAGAAGAGGUGGAGAAAGUCGCCCCUAAGGCAUUGGAUCAGUCGAAAUUUGCUCAAUUUUCUCAGGAUAAAAUUGUGAAUGAUGCAAAUGCAAAUGUUGAAAAAUCUGACCCUGAGAAGAUAAAAAUCGACCUAGAGGAAUUAAGGCAAACCACACAAGCACAAAAGGAAGAAGAAGAACGUUGUAUACAAUUGUUGGCCAAAGAAGCUGAAAAUGAGGAUAUUUAUGACAAUAUUACACCAUCAGAGCUUCCCCAAUUGACUGGAGGACCUCAAGAGCCCAAUGUAACAUCUGAAUAUACAGCCGAAGAAGAUGAAGAGCUUUACUAUACAAAUGAAAUAAUUGAUACUGGCAUCACUGCAAUUGCUCUUUAUGACUACCAAGCUGCUGCAGAGGAUGAGAUUUCUUUUGAUCCAGACGAUACAAUUACUCACAUCGAACAGAUCGAUGAAGGAUGGUGGAGGGGCAUGUGCAGAGGAAAAUAUGGUUUGUUCCCAGCAAACUAUGUUGAACUCCAAGAUACAUCAUAAUCAACGAACCAAGGAUUGGCUUGUACUUAAUUUAAUUGUUUAUAAUUUUUUAUUUUAAUCAAUCAACAGACAAUUAUAUUGCUUCUAUUAAA